AUGGCAACGGAUAAUCGCAAGCCCGGGCUGGUUGCACCCGAGUUUUCGACCGUGAGACUGCGCGUGGAGCAGCCCUGCGCCGAGUACGACACCGGGAGAAAACGCCCGGCCACCAGGGGGCAAGUCGGAUCGAAGAGAAAGUCAGCGCGGCGUGUCGAGCCCAGGGCCAAACGGGCCAAGACACAGGCGCUUGAGGGCGGCCAUCGCUGCGGAGAUGGCGCAUCCGGGGUGGAGCCCGCCUCGCCUUGCAAGUCCCAGGAGGACGUCAGGGCCCGGUGGAAGUCCUAUGCCCCUCUCACCAGCUGCUGGCAGGAUAGGGCAGUGCUGGAAUUGCUUAUCCAGCAGGCCAACUGCAUCGUGGACCUGAACCUUGACUCCUCUAUUAAAUUUGCAGAGGAGCAGACGAGCUGCCCAUAUGUGGAUGCAUCGGUUGGAGGUUCAAAGAGUGCGGAGUCCCAAACUCUGCGCCAAUGCUCGCACCCACAGGCGAAGCAUUACGCGCUGGCGUACAUGGAAGCGUUUUCAGAAGCGGAGGCUGUAGACAGGAAGGGUCCUCGGCGUGCAGGAUCUGCAAACAUAAUGGAUCGGAAGCCAGCCAUUUCAUUUGUGCAAAUGCCAGAGCCCUCUGUGCUGGUUGGUUACCAGGGUGAUUGGGUGGAAACGCGCCCUAGCGCAGUGAAGCUAUGGGAGAAGGCUUCCUUUGAACCCUACGCUGCACCCAAGCCAAUCGUGUAUUAUGCCAUAUGUCCAGACAGCAUGGUUGGACAGUUGAAACUCUUCUUGAAGGAUUUGAGCACAGUAUACGAAGCAGCGCACCUAGGCAGCCAUCGGCCUGCGCCCCCGUCUCCAGCCUCCCUUGCUGGUGAAGUGAUAGCAUUUGCUUCGCAACAAACUGGCGUUUCCACAGAGGUGCCAGCAGCCCAGGCCCUGAAAGAGCAGCAAUUGCUGGAAACACAAAACAGUGUGCAGCAAGGCAGGCAGGUGGAUAAAGCUGCUCAAGAUGACGAGGGCAGUAAGAUUCUGGACCCCAGUGCUGUAAAAUCUGCCAGCACUGAUGGAAUGGAUCAGGGUGGGAGAAAAAGCAGGCAGGCAGAACCGUGGGGCAGUGGACAAGGCGAUGACACAUCGAAGCAAAGUCCUUCCUCCCUGGAUGCAGAUUUCAGGAAAGGGUUGAAGGAAUCUUGUGCAAAGUUGCAGAGGCUUCUAAUCCUUGACCCUCCAGAUUUGAGGUACACUGGUGGUGGCCUUGCUGAUCAUUUCAAUGCCGCCAUAGUGGUUUAUGUUGUGUGCCCUUUUGACAACCAAGGGGCCAGCAUACAGGCGCUCCUUGAAGCGGCCUCAGCUUUGGCGCCCUGCACCAAGAAGCAUGACCCUCCUAUCCAGCCAUCCUCAUCAGAGGCCAGGACACCAGGUGCAGCGAGCACCCCUGAUAUCGAUUCUGGUUGCCAAAUCGAAACUCAAGGGUCAGGUGCCUUCUCAAGAGAAAGUGAAGUGGGUGGGAGGGAGAAGACACAGCCGGCAGUGUCUUCAAUGCGUGUUUCUGGCAGCUCUGGGGUUCGAUAUGGUGGAGCCACAAGGGCAGCCUAUCACACCCAUGAAGGCAGUGCAACACAGAGAAAAUCCCUCACGGAAGUCAAAAGCAGAGGGCACAACUUGGUCAUACAGCUAGUGUCUCUCUCAUCCCUCAAGGAGGUCACUGGCACUGCAGCCAGAGCUACUGCCUUUUCUGUUUACAACAAGGUGCAAGAAAGCCAGCCAGAAAUGUUUGACAUAAGUGCGGCUUCACCUGUCAGCCUGCAGGCUGAAGGAGAACACGUUCUACCGUUGUCAGGAUAUACAACUGGGUCGAUACGACCUUUCAUUCCACUUUUGGUGCUCUCUCAACAGUGUGACAGCAGUGCGCCCUUAGCAGCAGCUGACUUCAAACCUUGCAAGGGAAUGGAAUCUUCACCCAAUGCAGAUGCCAGUCCUGCUGGGGUUUUGCCAUCAGAAGCUCCACUCAUUUGUGACCCGGGGGGUGGCAAAACAGCAGAGGCAAAGGAUCAUGCACAGUCGCUACAUUGUUGCUACGCGUUGGUGAGCAGCAAGGCUACCAAGAAGAGGUCGAAAUGGAUGGUAUCCUGUUGGACUGAUGCCACCGGAGAACUGUUGCACACAGACAUGGUGAGAGUAGCUUGGUACCAUUGCCCUGGCCAAGGCCUGCGGGUGCUGGGCUUGGACAGGGCACUGCUUUGGAUUCUUCAGAAAUCGGCAACUGUAGCAAAAAGGGCUCAGGAAAUGUCUGGGCACCGAGUUUCCCUCCAAAAUUUGUUCGUUACCAGGCUGGGUUUCCUUUUGGAGAGGGAAGGUUCGAUCUGGCCGUUGGUGUGGAAACAGUAUUCAGCAGGUUGCAGCCAAGGGUGGGAUUUGCAGAAGGUGGUGGUGUCAGUUCUGCUGUCUGACCCCCUGCUUCGACUGGACGUUGCUGGAAGUGCCUGUAGAGGCACUCAUGUCAUUCGACCUGCAGCACAAGGAGGAUGUUGGAUCCAUGAUGCUCCACAGCUCUCGAGGCUCCAGCACCAUACCAGUGGCACAGAGUCAGAGCAGGAGCGUUUGCUUGUGGCCAUGUGCAAGGGGAAUUGGUCCGAUCAACCAGCAGUGCAUGCUGCGGGUACCAGGGAACGGCACAAAAGGAAUGGCCAACAUGCCAAGUGCGAUGCCUUCAGCAGUGGUGGGGACAGUGCAAUUCAGGCAUCCAAGCUUCAAUGGAGCAGUGCCACUGUUGUCCGAUUUCCACCUAAGCAGGCUGGCGCAGCUCUGCUGCCAGGGGAGCUUGACACUGUACGGGCGUGGCAUGUGUCUGUCCUUUGUUCUCUCACGAAUUCCUUGUCCGACAGCCCGCAGGACUUGGUGUCGGAUGGACGGGGGAGCGGCUCGUUCAUUAACUCAGUGGGGCAGAAUGAAGUUGAUCCGUCUGUUGGGAAUCAAGAUCCCAGCCAUCGGGGCAGUUCCACAAUGCAGCCUCUGAAGUUGCAGGAGGUUAGAGAUGGGGUACGAGGCUCACUACUGGAAGCUUCGACUGUGACCAAUGCCAAGCAUCUGGUGUACCCACCAAUGCCAGCCUGUCCUGCUCAAGUGCAAAGGUCCAAUGGAAUGGAACAGGGCCGUACCCAGCCACUGUGCCAUUUGCCAGACAACCAGUCUGCCAGACUCGGAGACUCUCCCCUUGUGCAGGGAAAUGUUGCUUCUUCUGAGCCUGAGAGAGGCAAGGAGGCAAAGAGGGAGACAGGCAUGGAAUCAACCGCAGGUAAAUCCACUGACCUGUCUCCACCAGAAGCUGCUGAUGCAGUGUACACUGCAGGGUGGAAAGCGGGGUCCCAACAGAAUGAAGAGGAGAAGGACUGUGCCUGUGCUGCUCUGGUUGCACAACUCGAUGCCCUUAGUGUCCUGACGAGUGUGCAUUUUGGCCUUGCCCUCUUUCGCCCCGCGUCUGCCCUGGGUUUAGGCUUGGGAUGCUGGGGCUGGGCCGGGCUUCAUGCACACCUCCCCUUGCACUGCUGCAUUGUUGCGCGCCUGUGCGCGUUGUUGAGUGCAGCCGAGCAGUUCCAUGCCAAUCAGAAUGGCUUGGAUGGUUGCUAG